AUGGAAGCUGUGGUGCCAAGUGAGGCCUCGGCGGCUGAUACGCUGCUUGAUAAGCUGCAGUGGCGAUGGGUGCUGCUUGGCGGUGCAGUCGCCUUUUUUGGGGCGGCAGUCGCGCGCAAGAAGCUGCGACAGCGCCAGAAGAAGCAGCGCACCAAUCAGACGGUGCAUCGUGGCAUCAUAUGCGGCGACUGUGGCGACAUCAUCCGGGGCAUUCGCUACAUGUGCGCCAAUUGUGCCGACUUUGAUUUGUGCGAGACAUGCGAGGCGAAGGAGAGCCACUACAAGACGCACGUCUUUUUGAAGAUCAGGAUCCCCAUACCGGCCCUGGCCAUCCCGCCAGGCGCUCUUCUGCCCGUCCUCUAUCCGGGCGGGGCCAUUGGCGAGAUCUCGCACGCCGAAGUGAAGGAGCUCAAGCGAAAGACUCACUUUGACGAAGUGGAGCUGGAGGCGCUGUUCGAGCAGUUCAAGGCUCUGGCCACCUCCAAGAACGGAAUCGACAAGGACACCUUCGAGCGAUGUCUGGGUCCUUUGGGCGUGGAGACCAAUCUCAUCACCGAUCGGAUAUUCAAGUUCUUUGAUCAAGAUGGAAAUGGAACGAUCGACUUCUCGGAGCUGGUGUGUGGCUUGUCGGUGCUGUGCAAGGGAACACCAGAAGAGAAGAUCAAAUAUGCCUUCAAGGGAUACGACUUGGAUGGCGACGGCUACAUUGACAAGGAGGAGCUGUACAAAAUGUUCAAGGCCUACUUCUACCUGUCCAUGGAGGCCGUGCGAGAAGCCGUCAAGGUCAUCGAAGAGGAGCUCAUCCUCAACUACAACGACAACAACACGAACCCCGUGUCGUCGGCCUUUGUCGGCCUGCCUGACGCGGAAACACAAGAGGACUCGAUCACAAAGCAGCCCGAGGAUGCGCCGCUGAACAACGAGGAUCUAUCGCCCAUCAUGGACUCCAUGUACCAGGUCGCCAUCGAGGAGAUGGUGGAGAAGGCCUUCUCCGCCGCUGAUGUAAAUAACGACGGCAAGAUCACCUACGAGGAAUUCAGGGCUUGGGCGCUGCAGGACCCUACCAUGAUCUCUUGGCUGGAGGCCCUCGGGUCCGUCUUCUAG